AUGUCCGUCUUCUGCAACAGUUUCGGGGCUCGUGCAGGAAGACUAGCCAACUCUCGCUCUCUGCAGCUGUUCCAAAACCAGGCUCGGGGAAGGAACCAUGAUCUGUCACGUGGUGAGCACGUGAGCUAUAGAAAGUCUAAACUUCGUCUUUUGUCGUAUAUAAUCAUCCAGGGAGACGAAGAGCAAGCAGCCGCGGGGCAAUGAACGUGUUCGACAGAACUGCAAAGAUACGUCAGAAAAACAGAGCAUGCGCCAGUCCUGACGCACAGACCUACGACUACAUUCGGAACGAGGUGGACCAGAAAUAUUUUACCAAGCAGCAAACGCAAAAAAAUUCAUUGGGGGAAUAAGGUCAAUAAUUUUGUCCGGUGCAGGUUGCUUCCCAGAUAGUGGACAGAGUGUGUGACGUCACCAGGUACUUUCCCCUGGCUCUCGACAUGGGGUGUGGGCGGAGUCACAUUGCCACGGCAACCACCAGUGAUGUCACUGGUUGCCUGGUGCAGUGUGACAUGGCAGAAAAUGCACUGCUCUCGCCAUCUCCCUCCUCCUCCUCCCGCAGUGUACCAGUUGAUGGUGCAGUGGUGGAUGAGGAGCAUUGCCUUCCUUUCUCUGACAAUAGCUUUGAUCUCAUCAUGUCCAGUCUCAGUUUGCAUUGGGUUAAUGAUCUACCUGGUGCUUUGAAGGAGGUGUGGAGAGUCCUCAGACCAGACUCCCCUCUGGUGGGUGCCAUGUUUGCUGGCGAUACUCUCUUUGAACUGCGGAGUUCUCUACAGCUGGCCGAGAUGGAGAGGGAAGGGGGGUUCUCACCUCACAUAUCUCCAUUUGUGCAAGUAUCUGACAUCGGAAGUCUCCUCAACAGAGCUGGCUUCACUAUCACCACUAUCGAUACGGAUGAGAUUCAGGUGAACUACCCCUCCAUGUACGAAGUGAUUCAAGACCUCAAAGGGAUGGGGGAGAGCAACUGUGCGUGGAACCGCAGACAUUACAUCAGACGCUCCACCCUGACGGCUGCUGCCGCCAUAUACCAUGACAUGUUUGGAGCCGAAGAGAAUGGAGUUUCAGCUACGCUUCAAAUACUCUACUUCAUCGGUUGGAAGCCAGACCACUCUCAACGAGGCCCCGCCCCCAGAGGGUCAGCUGGUGCAUCACUCAAAGACAUAGGAUCCCAUACCACAUAAUUCCAUUCCCCAUUCAUGUCUCUGUUCCAUUCCGUAUAAAUGACAUCAUAGCAAAU